AUGAAAAAGGGAGAAAAGGGGAACCCCAAGGGGGAACCCCCUACGAUGGUAUACAUGCAAAUUUAUCAAAAAAUGUGCAUGUACUAUGAAUAUGCAAUUAACGAAGAAGAAAGGAAAAAUAAAAAGAUUUUAAAAAAGAAAAAAAGCAUGAAAGAAUUGAAGCAAAUACAGAAUGAACUUGUCGAAUUUUUUGAUGAGAACAUGGAAUUGUUUGCAAAUCCAUUUCAUUUUCUUCAGUAUGAAGAAGAAGAUGUAAACAAAAACGAGCUGAGAGAUCAUUUGUUAAAUAAUUUUUCAUACUUGUUGAGUUAUAUGGAAGACAUAAUUAAAUGUUCUGUCAUGCUAAAUAGAAAUGCUUAUUACAUAUGCUGGAUAUUUAAUGAAGUAUUCCAAAAUAUUCGCAAUGAUAGCAUAAAAAAUGAACUCACGAAAUCUGCAUUUAUAUGCGAAGUUUUUAAAGCAUGUAUAGAGAAAGAAAAUUUAAUUGUAAUGAUAUUUUUUAACAUUCUGAACUAUUUAAACAAAAAUGAAAAGGUUGGAGUUACAACUAAACAUGGACGUACCAAAUCAUCCUCCAGAAAUGAACACUAUAGUGAAGAGAAUGAAGAAAAUUUAACAGACAGUGAAAUGAAGAAAAAUGAUGAAGAGGGUGAUCCAACGGACGCUGAUGAUGAUGAUUUGAAGACAUCCACUGUUAGUAGCUCAUCAUCAAACAGUUCUAUUAGAAGUAUGAACAUGUCAAGAAUUACAUCAGGAGAAUAUAAUUCAAGUAACAAAAUUAACGCUGAUAGAUUUUCCUUGUACAUAUUAACCCAGUUAACAGAAAAUGAUUUUGUAGAAAAUAUAUUUACAGAGAUUGAGAAAAUUUUAAAAUUCUUAAUUAAAUAUGAUGAUGUUUGUGACAAAAUUGAUUAUGUGUUUAAUUACAAAACGCAUAAAAUUAAUAUCCUCUUUAACCUUGUCGAUAUCCUUUUUCUCUAUUUUGCAAAAUUUCAAGCUAAUAUUAAUGACAUAUCCAGAAUUUUUAAACUUCUUAACCAUAUUGUCUCCUCUAAAUAUUUCGAUUUUAUACCCACUGAUCACUAUGUUAAGGAAUUGGAUAACAUGCUAUUUCUCCAAGCAAGGAAGAAGAAGAAAAAAUUCUUCACAUAUUUGAAAACAGUUAGAAAUACAAAGUUUGUUACACAGAUGGAGGAGUACUAUCGCCUCGAUAUACCCAUCUUCCCAGAGGUUCCAGUUGUCAACACUGCAUCUGUGCAGUCCCCACCAGUUGAGAAUCUUCAAACAACAUCGCAAUUGCAGCAAGUCUCUCAAUCACAGGAAACUUCUCAACUUUCAGGAAGAGGCACUAAUCCAUUUGAGAGUCAGCAGAUGGCCAUGAAUUCUACUUCAGCUGGAGGUUUGGGAAAUGCAUCCAAUUUAUCAUUCCCACGGUCUAGUGGCAGCAUGGGGAUGAGUCUCGGUGUAAAUAAUGUCCCUUCAAAUAAUGCUCUUUCAAAUAAUAUCGGUGCAAAUAAUGUCGUUACAAAUAGUAUCGGUUCAAAUAAUACCGGUGCAACAUUUAUGAGCGGCGCAAAUGGUCCCUCUAACAAUAAUGCAUCCCUAUCGAUGAAGAACAACUUAAUGGGAAGUAAAAUGCUUGAGUGUACUUCGAAUAUUGGGAGUAACCCAUUCCAAAGGACGAAUUCCAUGGGGAACAUUCCAAAUAUACUAAUAAAUGGAGAAGAGAAAAAGAAAAAUGAAGAUGCAAAUAACGUGUUCAGAUCUGCGAAUAUAGUAGAGGGCGACACGAGUGGAUUAAGUGAGGGGAGGGGAGGUAUACAUAGCUUCAAUGAAUUGAGCAACAUACGAGAUUAUAGACAAAAAAUGUAUGAACAUCAAAGUGAGAAACUUAGAAACAAUCAAUACAUGAACAAAUGUUUAGAUUGUAUGGGAUAUUGGUACAACUGCAACUGUAGUAUGAACGAUUUUGACAAAUCAAGUUUAACAUUAACUACGCAGAUUAGUCUAUUAUUAAUAUUAUGCUUACAUCCAAACAUAGAAAAGUAUGUGUAUGAAAAGAAAAAAAAUAUAAAUAUAGAUAAUGCUUCACCAAGUAAGGAAGAUGUAAAUUAUUUAAUCGAAUUAAAGAAAAAAAAAAUUAAUUUUCAUAAUUUUUACAUUCCUGACACAUGGAAAUAUAACUGCAUGAGUUCAGUAAAAGAUUUGAAACAUUUAAAUAGCAUAAAAAAUACAUAUUCUAUUAGUUCUUCUUUUAUUAACGAGAAUAUUUCCUAUUACUACUCUUUCUUCACUAAGAUAAGUGAAGAGGCAAAGAAGAAAAAAAAAAAUUCAAAGAAUUUUGAAAGAGUAAUGAAUCAAAAGCAAGAAAGUCAAGAAUCUCAGCUACAAAAAGGGGACGAUUUUUGGAAUUGUGAAAACACAUCAGAAAUAAGCAAUAAUGCAUCUAACAUGAUUGACGCGAAUGUAAUUAUUCUACGAUUUGUUGUUAACCUCUUUACACAUAAUAAGGAAGAAAUAUUUUCUUCCAUUUUUGAAGAUAAUUUUUUUAAAGUGUGUUACAAUUCUAUAUUGAAAAGAAUAUCAAGUGCAACACUUAUAGGAACUUUAAUAUUUCAUCUAUUUCACAUUUUAUUCUCGUUCUCAUUUAUUAAAAAUUCACGCACUACUGAUAUGUGGAAUGCCUUUAUUGAUUAUCACAUUAAAAAAGAUUUUCAAAUUAAGAGGAAGAAAAAGGGAGAUGAAUUAAAUGACAGAGAAGUAGAAGUAAGACGAAUGAGUAGUAUAUCACCAUAUGUACCAUUGUCAGGAGGAAAAACAGAACUUGUUGAUGCUGUUAAUGUUGAUGAUGUUGUUAAUGUUGAUGAUGUUGAUGAUGAUGUUGGAAUGCUAAAUAUAAAUGGAGAAAUUGAACUAAUUGAUGAAGUAGCAGAUAUGUAUGAUCAUAAAAUAAGGCAUGAUCAUCGUGGUGGUUACAUAACUUCAAGGAGAAUUUCACGAAAUGGUGGAAAUAAUAUAAUAUAUAUAUACAAAAGAAAAGGAGAAUAUAUCAUUGAUGUGUUAAAUUACUUAAAAAUUAUUUGUAAUAAUUAUCCCAGGCUUGUUAAAAAAUAUGUUUGUAUAUUGAAAAAUGUAAUAAAUAGAUACCACUCUAGAAUAAUGGAAUUUUCACAGAUAGAUGAGACCAUUUAUCAUCAUAAUUUGGUAGAUCAUCAUCAAGUUAGUGAAUAUGAAAAUAACAAAGGGAGUGUUGAUGUCGGUGUUGGUGGUAAUUGUAGUAGCGAUUUUGAAAAAUUUUACUCAGUAAAGGAAAAUAAAUUUUUGAAUAUAAAUGAAGAAAGGAAAAUGAUUAUAAUGAAAUACAAGAAUUUAAAAAUAAUAGCAGAAGAAAAAAUGAAAAUUUGUUUAGAUUUUUACUCAGAUGUCUUUGUUAAUGUGUUAGAUUUUGCAUCUGUUUUAUGUAACAAUUUAUACGAUCUGAAAAUAAUUGAACAUGUCGUACUUUGUUUUAAAACACCACUUACAGCUAAUUUAAAUAUUUUUAAUUUAACGAAAAAAUUAUAUAGUCAAUUUGUUUCAGCGUUGAAUGGAAAAUAUAAUGAAUUCUCAAAAAUUGCAAAUAAACAACACAUUUAUGAAAAAACUAGAAAUAAUGAAAAAACAUCCAUUCAUUUCUUCGAUGAUAGGAACUUAAUCAGUUCUAACAAGUUUUAUAACAAAGAAGAAGCAUACAGAAAUGUGCUAAACAGCAAAAUAUUUUCCCAUACAUCUAUUGAAGAUACAAAAGAUUCUAUUCAUUUUCGCAUAAAUACUACGCCAACUCCUUAUGGUAUUAACAAUUCAGUCUCUGAAAAUCUGGAUAUUACUCACCAUAACGCAGGGAAACAAAAUAACAGUGCUUUUAUUACAUAUUUGUCACAUUUUAAAAUUCUUCUGCUUGAAAAACUCUAUCAGCAAAAUAAUUCUCUUAAGGGUAUACUAAAAAAUAACAAUGUUUUGGAAUAUUUACAGAAUAACAACAUAUAUCUGAACAAUCUUAUUAAGGAAAAUUCCUUGAUCGAAAAGCAUCUUCUUCAGAAGGGUGUGUUAAAGUACGACACAUCAAGGCAUGAUUCUUUCAUCAAAAACUUAUCUUUUCUGAGGGAUCAUAACGAGGCAUGUGUAAAGGAGGCCAUUCGAUUGUUGCAGGAUAUAAGCCAUGGAACUGAAGAGCUGAAACCUUUCGUGGAGUGCAAAUUGGCAACUGCCGACACAGCACUGAACGCGGUAAUGGGUUCUGCCGUAGCAUCUAACGCGGUAAUGGGUUCUGCCGUAGCAUCUAACGCGGCAAUGGGUUCUGCCGUAGCAUCUAACGCGGCAAUGGGUUCUACUGCAGCAUCUAACGCGGGACAGCCGAUGAGCGAACUUUUAGAAAAAAUUCUGGAUCAGGAAAAUUGCCUUGACUAUCUGCUAGCAGAAAACAAAUUAACGGAGAAUCUGUUGAGAGAAAAUAACUUCUUGAAAUAUGAAUUUAACAAAUACAAUGUAGUAGAUGCGCUAUUCAAAAAUAAAUUUGAGGAAAGCCAGUUAAAUAGACUGAAAAGUAUGAUUCUGAGCGAAUAUGAUGUAAAUGAAAUUUUAGCAUAUGAAGAAAAAUUUAAAAACCUAAUAAGUAAAAAUCAUCAAGGGUUAUAUAACAACAAAGAAGCUAUUAAAAUAUUUUUUGAUGAAAAUAAAAAUGCAAUAGAUUUUUUCAAAGACAAUAAAUAUAAAAUGCCAUUAUUUAAAGAUGAUUAUGAUGAUGAUAGUGGGAGUAUGAUGAAUGAAAGUAUUAUGAAUAGAGCCAAAAUAAUUUUAAAAAAUGAGUUACAAAGGGAGAAUAAAAAUAAGAAUAUAGAUGCAAGAUAUUUAAUAGCUAACAUUUUUGAACACAAUUUUUAUCCUUACAAUAGCUUGAUAAUGUUGGAAAAAUGUCUUCUUUUCCUAUCAUCAGUAAAUAACAACAAAUUGUGUUACUACCUCCCAAUUAAUAAAAAUUUGCUUAUAGAUUAUAUACUACUAGAACAGUACGAAGGAAAUAGUUCCAGCGCGAUGAAUGUUGAAAAUUUAAAAGCUGGAUUGAAAGAAAAUACAGAGUAUUAUGAACUAGAGGAUGAUAAGAAGUUAUUUAAAAUUAGAAAUCGAAAAUAUAAUAACUUAAUUUCUCUAAUAGAUACAAAAAAUAUGACAAAUACUACAAAUUUUAAAAAUAUUUUUAUUCAUAAUUUAAAUUUACAAAGCAAAAUAAAUCAAGAGAAGGAUAAAAAUAUAAAGAAGUACAGAACUAUGCACCUUCUUGAUAUCUUGUAUGAAAUUAUGAAGACAAAGUAUAAUUCUCAAAUUGAUAUUAUUAAUUUAAAAUGUUUAUGUAUAGAAGUUCUUUGUUCAAGUUUUGUCAAAAAUUCCUCAUCAGCCCUGUCCGUUUUAUGCACCUUAACAGAUGUAUUUCCAGAAAUAUUUUUCGAAGUUAUGAAAAAAUACAAUGAACAAAGUGACCGAGUGAAAAAGCAUUUUGAAAAGAUAGACAAAUUAGUGUCUAUGGGGUAUAUAAAAAAUGAUAAGUUAGAAAUAUUAGCAAAUAAUUUCACAUUUCCUUAUUUUAAUCUUAAAAUUAUUAUAACAUUUAUGAAAUGUGUUAAUUUUUUAAUAUAUAUGAUUGGAAUUAAGAGAAAAUUUAAUUUGUCUCUAACAAAAAUAUGGCAUUUUUUUAACAAUAUCGAUAAAAUUGAUGAGAUUGACAAAAAAAUUAGAAGAAAACAAAUGGAAGAGAACCAAAUUGGCCUCCAAAUGAAAAAUGGUUAUUAUAGCGAUCAAACGGGUGGUAGUUAUAUACGCUCUCGUGGUAACCAUAUUAAUCCAAGAAAAAGUUUCAAUGGAAAAGCAUCAAAAAAGGGAAGUAAUUACAUUUUCUUUGAUAUUUUUUUUAAUUUCGAUUUGUUUUUUGAUGAACUCUGCACAGACGAUGAGGAGGAUGAGGACGGACAGCAGAAGGGGAAUGACAAAGAAGAAGAAGAUGAAGAAGAAGAAGAAGAAAUGGAAGAUAAGCAGCUACAAGAAGCAAACGGGAGGACAAAUCGAGAUACACACCCAGGAGAUACAAUGAACAAUGAUAGAAAUGGACGAAAGAGAAAAAAAAAAAUAAAUAACAUUCAUGAGCAUCAUAUCAGUAGUAACAUGCAUAGGGGAAACAACAGUGGAGGAAAAAUUCCCACGAGGAACCAUCCGAUGGAAGGGCAAAACGAUGAGAUGAAUGAUGUUUAUGAAAAUUGUCUGAAAAAAAAACUAAUGAUUGAAGACCAAGAAAAGAACGUUUGCAAACAUUUAAUACUAUUGACAAAUUAUGUGGUGCAAAAUAUAUUUUACAAUCUUAUUAAUAAUUUCAUUUUAAAAAAAUUAAGAGACAAAAAAUAUGAAAAUGAAGAUCAACUAGAUGACAAUAUCAAAUUGGAGUUUUUUAUGAAUAGGCAAGAAAAUUCUUUAUUCAAAAGGAGAUAUAAUUAUUACAUGCAAAAGUCCAAAAAUUUAGAUACACAAAUUUAUAAUUUACAAAAUGAAAUUAACAUGAACACAUCUAACAUCCAUCAAAUUGAACAAGUCUUGAAACAAAAUAAUAUUCCUUUUGAACCCUAUAUUUUAUCGCAAAAAAUGUUUGACAAAUCCUUUGCUGAUAUUGCAAACUUUGGAGAAAAUUCCUUUUCUACUUCCCCAAGUUUUUUGUCGUCCAAUUUAUCGACAUCUCUCUUCAAUCAGGCUGCGAAGCCCAUCAAUGAUGGUGCUCCUUACCUCUUGAACUCCACAGCAAUUUCAAAUCAAUUCAGAAACAGUGCAGGAGGAGGAACUACACAAUUUAAUGAAAAGAUGGGAAAUUUAUUUAACAAUUCCUCCACUUCUACAUCAGUCCCUUUAACAAACGGAACAGGGGCUUCUCCAUUUUUAAACUCAGGAAAUUCAUCGACUAGUGCAUUAACUAUGGGAAAUGUCGGUGCAAAGCAGUCGGGGCUUUUGAAUCAGACAUUUGGAAAUAUUGGUGCAGCUGGUAGUAGUAAUAGUAGUAGUGGCUUAUUGGGAUCAUUAUCUAGUAAUACAAUUAGCAAUGCAACCGGAGGUGCUACCUUUGAUGGAAGCCAUUUUAGUGGAUACACAAAUCCACUUUCGACAUCCCCAAGUGGAAAUGCAUUACCCAUUGAAAAUACAAAAACGAUAUUCGAAUCAUCAACUAGAUGGGGUUCUGUUUCUCCAUCGCAUGCAGGAACUGCAGUGACUACAGCUGGAACAGCAUCUAUAGCAGGGUCACCCAGUUUUUCUUCCCUUAUAUCUGGUACAACAAAUAACAAAGUUGUUUCGGGACCCAGCACGAGCAGUCUUUUCAAUACUCCAACAAGUGCCCUAGUAACAGAUAACAUGGGUAAUAAACAAGUAAGUGGUUCGUUAUCAUCACUUUUUGGAUCCAAUCUUGGAUCCUCGAGUAAUUUGUUUAAUCCAGGUGUCGGUAACACUGGCAGUAACAGUGGUGGAUCAUUCGGGUUCAAUCAGGGCGGAGCUACAUCUAGCAAUUCACUUUUCAGCAUUAGCCCCACGGCAACUACAUCUGGGAGUUUAUUUAGGAACACAUCUAACCAGAUGCAGCAGACGCAGCAGACGCAGCAGAGUGGAUUAUCUUCCAACGCAGGAGGAAUAGGGAGGAGCCUCUUUGCAAACACAACUGAGAAUGCACAACAGCAGCAGCAAAGUAGCACAUUAUUUGGUGGUAGUAGUGUCACGUCAAUCCAGAAUAUAAAUUCGAUUCCAAAUGCAAGCAUAGGAUUUGGUAAUACAACCUCUGGUAAUAUAAGUAAACCUAGCUUAUUUACCCCAGUUAGCCAAAACAGCAUUUUCUCAAACAGUUCCUCCAUAGCAUCUGGAAGCAACACAUCUAACUCGUUAUUCAAUCCGAGUGGAAUUAUGACAAAUAAUUUAUCAAAUCCAGUUACUGGAAGUAGUGGGACCAUGUUUGGAAAUGUUGUAACUUCUAAUGCAACACAAAACAAAGGAUUAUUCUCUCAAGGAACAACAUCUCCCAUUAUUACAUCUGUGCAGAAUCAGAUAGGCAAUAAUUCUGGAACAUCAUCCAACUCCUUAUUCUCAUUUCAGAAUAAAAGCACGACAUUAUCUGGCACAAACACAGGAUUUCCUGCUUCUAACUUUUCAAAUAUGUUUGGAAAAAGUACAACAACAACAACAAUAACAACUCCUAUGUCAAAUUAUUCCAUUCGUAGUGAUAGUAGAAGUAAUAACGCAAAUAGUACCAGCCUCUUUGGAAUCGGAUUAUCCAAUACACCAAACAAUAGUACAAUGGGACAGAAUAGUUUGGGUUCUAAUAUUGGAGGUUUAGGCGUAACAAGCAGUCCAGCUAGCUUUUUUUCAAAUCCAGCGAAUCCACCUUUACAUCUAAACAAUGAGAGCACAUCUAAAAUGACGACUAUGUUUGGAAACACGAGUUCUUUUGCAUCUCCAAGUGGUAACACUUCCAUGUUUUCAAGUACAAAUCAGAUCAGUGGAUUAUUUGGCACAGGUGUAAGUAGUAGAGCUGGUAUUGGCAUGAACAGUGGUGUGAAUAUGAUAAAUUCUAAUCCAUUAAAUGGAAUUCAAAACCUUCUGAACGCAGGUUCAAUAGAAAAUAUGGAACAAUUAAAGAACUUUUAUGAAAACUUGAAACUGAAGACAAAUGGGUUAUAUGCAGAAGUAUACAAACACCGAUUAGAAUUAAAAAAAAAUGAAUAUAAUUUGAUGAAAGAAAAGAAAAUACAGAUAAUUAAAGAAAAUAAAUUACGUGAAGCAAAGAGCAGAUCGGACAUAAAUUUUAAAGAUAGCGAAAUGUAUAUUUUAAUAAUUCUAGUGUUUAUGUAUUUUAAACUGAUACUUAAGGGACCUUUGCCAUUAAAUGAUAAUAAUAAAAGUAUGAACAAAAUUAUGAAUGAAAGAUUCGAUUUUUCUUGUGAUUUUCGACCUACCAUGUAUCUCUUCAAUCAGAUAUUGGGUGAAUCUAACAAAUUUAUGAAUAUCUUUUUUAAUGUUAUUUUUCUGGACAAUAUAAUGCACGAAGAAAACAAGACUAUGCAUGAGAUGAUUCUAAAAUGUAAAAAUUAUGUUGAUUACAUUAGUGUGUGCACUCAAAGGAAGAAUCUUUUUCUAAAAAAGAAUCUGAAUGGAGGAGAGAGUGGAGCAAUUAACAGUAAUGGAAAAAUUACAAGCUCUGACAGUAGCACUGGUAAUGAGAAGUUCUCCACGUGUGAUGACUUUUCAAAAAAGAAUUUGUUCAGUUCUGCUACUUGUGAAGUGUACUAUGAAAAGAAGAUGCAAUACAUGCCAUGCUCUUACGCCAAAGGAUUUUAUAAUUCUCUAUUUUUAUACAAAAUCAAAGCAUUUGGGUUAAACAUUUUGAAGAUCCUGUUUGAGAGAGAUGUGCUGUUCAUUCACAUGUACACCCUUUGGAAGAAUGAAAAAAUGUUGCAUCAGAAAAUAGGGAAAUUUCAUUUCGAUGUCAAUUUUGUGGAUAACAAUUCGUUAAAGAAUGAAGCGAAGAAUGAAUCGAACAACCAAACGGGGAAUGAAGUAAACAAUCAAACGAGUGGAGCGUUCCGAACAGGAGUCAAUGAUCCUAUUGUUAGCAAAGAUAUAAAUGUGACAGAAUCGCUUAGUACUCCAAUAUGUGUUCAUAAUUUUUUAUUUAAAAAUAUUAACGUGAAUUCGAGAACGACUUAUUUAAUUUUGUUAUUAAAUAAUUUUUUCAGAACAAAGGAGAUUGACAAAAUGAUAAUAUUUUUUAUUUUACAAAUAUUCAUUAGGGAUUGUAAAACUACCAUUAAUAUACUAAAAAGGGAUAAUGAAUCUUUUAAUUUUUUGAAAUAUGCGCUUCGAAAUAUUUUUAUUUAUAAUUUGAAUAUGCAAAAAUUUAACAAUUGUUAUGUCAUUUCGAAUAGAACUAUUAAAAUGCAAAAAAUUCUUAACAACUUUGUUGAUCUGCCUUUAUUAUACUUUUUGAAAAAUGUUGAAAAUAGAAAAAGUAGAACUUUAUUCAAAAUGAAAAAUAGAAUUUAUAAUCAAACUUCUUCCAAAAGCAAGGAAAUACUUAACACGCCCAACUGGAUCUCCUACCUCAAAAAUGAGAAAAAUCAAAAUGGAUUCAAGGAAGAUGAAGAAGAUGUCAUGGUGGUGGAUGAUGAUGAUGAUUACCAUGACUAUGACGAUAAAAGGGUUGGAAUAAGAGAAGAUCACGACGCAGUAAGGAAAUUCCAUCAAAAGAAUAGAAAAAGGGCAUCUAUUAUUAUUACUGAAAAACAAAAUGAUAAAUUGGAUAGAGGAAAUUGCAGGAGACGUUCACUUGAUCAUGUGGAUAAAUACAGGACAGAGGAAGAUAGUCUAUCAUACGAUGAGACAAGCGAGUGUAGCAUCAACAAGAAGUAUAAAGAGAGGGAUAAUAACUUCUCUUAUGGUGAUAGUUUCUCCACGGAUGAUGAUUACUUCUCCAAUGAUGAUGAUGAGUUCUCUUAUGGUGAUGGCUCUUCUCAGGAUGGUAGGAAUUUCUCCUAUGAUGAAAAAGACGAAUCAGUUGAUGAAGAAAAGAAUUUCAAAGACAAAGAUGCUACAGGAGUUAACAAUUUGUCUAGGAAAAACUUCCAUUAUUUAAGUGGAGAUGAUUAUGAUGUUCAUGAUAUAUAUAACAAUGUCAAGAAUUACAAAAAUGAAAAACAUAGAAAUGCAAAGAAAAUAUAUAGAAAAAAAUGUAACAGAAGAUGGAAAAGGAAUGUACAAAAAUUGGAUGAUGAAUUUAUUACACAGUAUAGACGAAUGAAAUUAAAGAAAAAAAAUGAACUAAAAUAUAUAUAUGAUUGUCUAUCCGAUGAUGAUUUGAUAGACACAAUUAAAAGUAAAAAAAUUUGUGUAUUCUAUGAUGAUAAAGAAAAGGAAGAAGAUAAUGACAAUUUGAAUUUGUAUAGUUUAUCUUCAGAAAAUUUAAAUGGCAACUAUUAUAGAGGUGAUUAUUAUAAAGAAAUCAAAUCUAUUGAUUCAAAUCUUAUAGGAUACUGUAGUUCUUAUAAUUUACUUCCCAUAAACAAUUUCUACACAGAAAAAUAUGAUUUUCUAGAAAAUGAACUUGUAUAUACCAGCGAUUUGAAGCUCUAUCUCUACGUGAAAUCAUUUAAGAGACAUACAUAUUUUAAAAGAUUACUGGGAAUUGAAAACGCUACUCAUGGAAGAAUAAAUAACACCGACUUACCUUCCACUGUUAGCACUAAGGAAAAAGGGGCAAUUACAUCAGGUAUUUAUUUGUCUGGAGAAAAAGAGGAAAAAAAUGAACAGCACAAUGUUAGCGUUACAAAUCAAAGAUCAGAAGAGGAUCAAGAACGUGAAGUAGAAAAAUACAAUGGAGGAGAAAGAAAAGGAAAUGCAAGAACAUCGUCCCCAUUUUUAAAUGUUGAAAAAAGAAUACCAGGAAAUAAAGUUGGAUGUGGCAUAGGAAGCAGCUGCAUUAACAGAACUGAGGAUGAAAAUCCUUUUCAUCCAAACGAAGGAAUUCAAUAUGAUGAGACGAAUGAGGCAAAGGAUAUAGAAAGAAUCAUAGAAGGUGAAUUAAAAUUUUAUGAUUUCUUUAACAGAUUAAACAAAUUUAAUGAAAACAUGGUGGCCCCAAAUAUUUAUUAUGAUAAUAAUAGGGAUGAAAAAUUAAAAUAUAUUGAAUAUUUAAAAAAAUCUUUAGAUAAGGAAAAAUUAAACACAGAAAAGAGAUAUAAAGAGGAUUUACUCAUCCCAAUAAAAGAUUUGUUGAUAGAAAAGAAAAAAGAAACAGAAAAAAAGUUAAGUACAGAAUUGAAAAAAAAAGUUUUUUUUUUAAAUAAUGAAUUGUGUGAAUGGAUUGAAUUAAGUCAUUUGCUAAAUGUAGACAUUGAUUAUAACGAUAUAAGAGGAUUAAAUAAAAAUAAAAUUCUAAACAAUUAUAGUAAAAUUCCAAUUACAAAACUUAUUUUGUACUUUUAUGAAAUUAUUACGAGAAAGUUUUUAUUUCUCAACAAUUCAGAUUCUUUGAUUGAAAAUUGUGUAUUAUCACUCCUAGGAUUGUCAUUUGUUCCAUCCAAACAAAACGAAAAAAAAAAUCUCCUCAUGUUGAUAGAUGAAGGAAUGGAAUUAGAACAACAGUGCUUUUUGAAUACCAUGAUAAAUUGUGUCAUUGUAGACUUUUCCACGUUCGACAGCAUACGGGAUUUGAUACAUGUGGAUUACGACCCUAUGGAAAAUUUCACGAACGAAGAGGAGGAAGAACAUGUCAAUCACAACCGUGUCGAUUACAGACGUGCUGAGUACACAAAUACUAGUGGCAUUACCCAUGUUACUCGUGCGUUAGGGCCAAAUUUUCACACACAUGAACAUAACAAACACGUGAAAUUUUUCUCUAUGAAGGAAAAAAGCAAAGAUUACUACAGAAAUAAUAUCCAUUUGAAUCGGCUAAACAAUUGGAAGCAAUACAACAUAUUCGAAAAAAAUUCUUAUUUUGCAAAAAGUUUGAACAUUAUAUAUAUGAUUUCAAAGAACAAGAAAAUGAAAGAUUACAUAAUCAGCCUAAUAAACAAUAUGUGGGUCAACAAAUUUAACGUGUUUUAUUAUAUAACACAAUAUAUAAACGUAGAAAAAUUAAAAGAUACAGAAAAAAUUCUUUUUUUAAAAAUCUCGUUUCAUAUUUUAAAUAUAUUUGUUCCCAUCAUUGAUAAUAUAUUAAAUAAUAUAGAUAAACACGUCGACUGUUUUAUGAACAUUAAUUUUAUUAUGAAUGACCAGGAUGAUGAUGAUGAUCUAGAUGAAAAAAGAAAGGGGAAAAAAACAUUUUCUCAGAAUCCUGCACUAGAAAAAACAGAAACACAAAUAAAUACUUCAAUAAAUGAUGUGUCAGAAAAAAAGGGUAUCAAAAGGGAGACUCAAAAUUAUAGCUAUUUUAAAAAUGUGAAUCCAUUUGACAAUAUUAUCAAUAAAGAAAAUUUUAAUGAAAAGAAAAAUCUUUUUGAAUUCUUAAAUCCAAUUUUUAAUCAUGAUAAUUUAAAAAAUUUCAUAAAUCAUUAUAUACAUAUUAUAAAAAAUUACAAUGACAGUUAUUUAAAACAUUACAUUUAUCACUAUUAUCUGUUCAAUUAUGAUUUCCAUUUUCAAAACAUGUAUAACUUUACAAACACAGAAUUUGUGCAUUAUAUAAAAAAUGAUAAUCUUAUUCGUCAAGAUGGAAUUAAUACAAGUUCUCACUUCACAAGUGAUAAAAGUGUUAAUAUUUUGUAUACUAGCAUAAUAAACACCUAUGUGAACUUUUGCAAAAUACUGAAUAAUACAAGUACUAGGAAGAGGAGAGAUUGGCAAGAAGAAUUUAGUGCAAUGAACAAUCAACUCUCAUCUAAAGACAUUUUCGAAGAAUCUGCUAGAACACAAGAAGAAGGAAUCAUAUCUGAAACUGCAGAAAAUGGUACCAACCACCCCGUUGAACCUUUGAAAAAUACCCACCUGAACAGUUCAGGUAAAAAUUUCAACUUUGAGCACUUGAAUGAUAUUAUUGGAAAUAAAACAUACCUGCGAAGAUUUUUCAACAAGUACUACCUCAACAGGGGUUGUUGCUUGCAGGGGUCAAGGAAUGAAGAAGAAGAUGAAGAGGAAGCCAUUACACGAGUUCGAAACCGAAGUGCUGGAAGAGGUAGAAGUGGUAGAAGAUUAACAAAGAGAAUGAUGUGCAUCACAGCACGUGCGAAGGAACAGCAGUACCUAGAAAAGAACGUCUACAUUUUCAACAGUUUGAAUUACCUGAACAUUAACUACAAAAAUUGGCUUGUCGUGUAUAAAACAUAUAUUGAAAAAAUUACUUACCUGGUAGACGUAGUUUUGAAAAUUAAAAAUAACACAAUAAACAAAAAAAUUCACUAUUUGAAGAAUUACUUUUACAUAAUUAAUAAUAUUCAGAGGCAUCUAAAAGGAAUAACAUACAUAAUAAAAUCAUCUCAUUAUAUCAACUUUAAUAUACAGAUUACUCCAAUCCUGUUUAUAGUAUAUCUAUUUAUUACAAUUUUCUUCUUUUCUCAUAAUAAUAAAUUUGCACUUAGAUAUUUGACUCGAACAAAUAGAGGAUUCAACAAUUUGUUUAGAAGCAAUAAGAAGAAGAAGAAAUCUGCUCUCAUGGAUGAUUCUCAAGACACUGGAGAAGCUUGUGACAUGGAGUAUGAUUCUGAGAAUAAUAACAUCCAUUUUGGAGGAACUUCACGUGAAAUGAACAGACGAAGCAUCUUAAUGGAUGACAACAUGAGUUCUGAAAGGAGUAGAACUCAUUCCAUUCAUGAUGAAAUAGAAUCCAUGAAAAGAAAUAAAUUAAGUUCAGGAAUCAAUUUGCACUCAGAUAAAUACAAUCAAUAUACAUAUAAUUUAAGUAACUAUGAGGGAAAUGAUAAGAAUGUUCAACGAGAUGAAAAAUUCAAAAUAGAUCAUUUGAAAUAUCACAAGAAAUUAAAAAUGUGUAAUAACUUUUCUAAACAAAUUUUAAAUAAAGAGUUUAAAAAUAAUGUGUUGAAAUUUCCAAAAAAUUUUGCUAAUACAGAUGAAUAUAAUGGUGAUAUUGUUUCUUCCACUCGUUCAUUUAGUUCGAAUACAAGGAAGAAGAACCCUCUUUUCAGAUUAAAAGAAAAUCAUAAGAAUGGUUACAACAGUGAUGCUCGUGUGUGCAAUUACACGAGCCAGCACUUGUUUGGAGUAGGAAAUACAGAAGAUGAUGAAGAUGAAGAAGGUGAAGAAGGUGAAGAAGGUGAAGAAGGUGAAGAAGAAGAUGAAGGAAGAAAAAGAAGGGACGGUUUAAACAUCAAAAUUGGGAAGAAGGAAAUUUACUACAAUGUGCAUAACGAAUAUGCAAAAUUGAUUCUAAAGAGUAACGAAUUUUUUGAUGAUUUAUUAGAAUUACUUAUAAUAUUAAUUACAAAAAAGCACCCCAUAUUGAAUAAGUACACAAUCAUAUACAUUUACGAGUGUCUGUAUACUCUUUUAAAUAUUUAUCAUUACAAUUAUGUGUAUAGUGAAGAACAUAAGCUGGGCCAAAGUAAAAAUAUGUUUCUAUCCCUUAUGAAAAGAAUCGAUCAAGAUAUACUUAACGAUUUUAUCAGCAAUUUGUUUAUAGAUUCAUAUAAGAAUUUCUUUAUUAAUAAAAAUUCUGUUAUUCCAAUUUAUUUUUACAACAACAUUUACAAGUUUAUUGAUUACAACACGGAAGUAUUUUUAUACACAAACCAGAAGUGUGUCUCCAGGGACUACGAACUUAUGGACGUGCACCCUGUGUAUGCAGAAGGGAAUACAAGCAGAAGCAAGGGUGAUGAAGGAGAAAGACAAAAAAGUUAUGGGGAUAACGCAGCAAUGAUGGGAACCUCUUCUACAAGCUUGCGUGGAGGAAGGGGAGGUACAUCGAUGAUGCACGAAUUUUUUGAAGAUACGGAUGAUUAUGAAAAUAAGAAACUAGUAAGUUUCCACUUCAAAGAUCACUUUAAAAAUAAAAUACAUUUAAAUAAUAAAAGUUUGAACUUUUAUGAAGAAGUAUAUUGUUGUAAUUUUUUGUAUAAUCGAAACGAUCUAAAUGUUCUGAGCAUCAAUUUGUUAAUAUUUCUACUUAACAAAAUAGGUAUAUACGAAAUAGAUAUAAAGAUUGAUGAGAAUAAUAUCAAGAAUUUAAUUAAAGGAAAUUUAUUUUUAUUUCAUAAAAAUGUGGAAGAAAAACAAAAUGAAAAUAAAAUGUUACACACAUGUUUUUUAUUGAGUUCUUUAUGUGACACAACGUAUGUGAACGAAUUUGUACAAAAGGAAAAUUUAUUUAAUCUUUUUCUAAAGAGUAACAUAUUUGAUAAUAUGUAUGAAUAUAAAUUUAAUUAUCUCUCUAGUAGUAUACCCUUUUUAACAUUUCCCACCAAUUUCUUGAAUAAUAAAAAUAUCUAUCUUCCACUUCCUAUGCUUAUUAUUUCCUACAUCACAGUUAUAUUAAAAACGGUUGAUAAGAAGGGUUUACAUUUGUUCAGAUGGAUUGGGAAUUGGAUUGUUAAAAAUAUUCAUAUUUUUGUUAACCAUUUAAUUGUAAAUAAUUACUUGAUGAAAUCCAAUGAAAUUACUCAUGAGGUUAAUAAUUUUACUACAUAUAACCACGAGUUGAUAUACAAGUGCUUGUGCUAUGCAUCUACUUGCAAUUUUUCCAAACAGAAAGGAUCAGCAGGAGCAGGAGGAACGAUUCAAGAAAAUGCACAAUUUGGUAGCUUUUCCAAUGACAGAAAUGAAGUACCUACAUCUACAGAUGCAGUUGGAAGCAAUCCACUAAACCAUUUGGAUCAUAGCAAAAAACAGAUUCAAGGGGAUUGGUUUGACAGUCGUCGUUCAUAUCUGAACAACAAUAAGAAAGGGAACUCAGAAGAAUGCAUAAAUCACGCUAACAUUAGCUUAGUUAAUUUGGACAUCAUAUAUUGUAGCACAUAUUACUUGCUUAGGUUGUACAAAAAUUAUCUCUUGUAUAUACACCAAAAUUACUUGAGUUUAAAAAAACUGAAGAUAAUGAAAAAAACGUCCAGAAGCAAGAAACUGUUGGGUUCUAGAAGAAGUGCGAGAGCGAAACAGAAGAGAAGUAAAAAUGUUGUUAUGGCACAUGGGUUCAUGGAAUCGGAUGAUGAAGAUGUUGUUGGAGCUAAUCACGAAAGCAAGGAUGUCACCACUGCCCAUGCUGCUGCUAAUGAGGAGGAGGAGGAGGAGGAGGACUACAGUGAUAGUAGUGAUAGUAACAAUAGUGUUGAUACUAGCGAUACUAGCGAUAGUAACAAUAGUAACGAUAGUAGCGGAGAUGGAAGAAGUGGAAACAAUGGUUGGGGUGAUAAUAUGAAAGGAGAAUUACAUGAACAUAUGAAAAGAAAAAGAAAAAAACAAUCUGGUACAAAUUUGACAUAUGGAGAAGAUUAUUUUGUACAUGGGGACUACUACUACUACAAUCAUGGUGAUCAAGAGGGUACGAGAUUUACGCAAGGGGGAAAGAAUAGCACAAGAAUUGGUGAUUUAUUGAGUGAAAAGAAAAUGCAGAAUAUGGCCGCAGCGUAUGAUUAUUCACAAGGACAAGAAUACAUGCAACAAGCUUCCAAUGAUGAGGAUUUUUUUGUGGAUACAUCCCUAAAUUUCGAAUUUAAUGAAAUAUCUCUAAACAUUUGUAACAUAAUUAAGGAACAUAAUUACAUCCUUCAGUAUAUUAAAGACUUACUUAAUAUUUUAUCCAUUUUUGUAAUUUAUGACAUAAGUUUGAAAGAUGAAAAUGAUUUAUUGAAUAAGAAUUUAAAUAAUAGCACUCUUGAAAAAAGAAGAAAAAAUAUUAGAACUCAUAGGAUUUUACAAAAUAUUAUUCCAAAAUAUUCCAUAAAAUUUCAUUGCAUUAAUUUAUGUCUUGACAUAAUUGAAUAUGAUAUUGGACUAUAUGAUGAAUAUGUGCAACAAUCAAAAACAAAGUAUUAUGAAUAUAUAAAAAUUAUUUUAAAAGUUUUUAUGAAUACUUGUUUUUAUUUUAUUAACAUUAUAAAGUUUGAAAAUUAUCACAUGUUAAAAAGUGUUUCCUUAGCCUUGAAAAAAUUGACAAAUAUUAUUUACUUCCUAUUGAAUAAUUUGACAAUUAAAGAAAAAUCAUCUGAACAAAAUUUUACUCUUCUAAAUAAAUUUAUUUACGACACAAGUGCGAUGGCCAAAAAUCCACAUGAAAUAACCACAGAAUUGUUUAACUCGGAUGACAAUAUCUUUAGUGAUAUAAAAAAGGGAAAUGUAUCUUCAGUACCAGGAACGUACGAAGCAUCAUCAUGUGGUGUAUAUAGUGGACAAUAUGCAUCUGGAUUCACCACAAGCACAGCAGUUGGAGAAGGAGCAAGAGGAGGAACAACAACAAGUGCAGGAGGAGGUGCAUCAGACAAUAUUAAAAAAUUCUUUGAAAAUAUUGAAAUUGAUAUUCAUGUAUUGAAGAAAAUACUCACAUGUGUCAUCUACUUUACCUAUGCUAUGUUAAGCAAUCAGAAAGUCAACAAAAUUAACAUUGAAAAUAUUAAUCUAAAUCACAUUAACAAAAUAAACUUGAAGAAAAUUGCGAAUGCUUACCUUGAGAAAAACAACAUCCUCAACGUAUUUACUUUCAUCCUACAAAGGUCUACGCAGAUUUAUUACCUCCUCUACAAUUAUGCGGUGGAAGCCAUUUCUAUGCGAAGAUAG